AUGCCUCCCAAGAAAGCAACUGCUGCCGCCCCGGCCAAGAAGGCCGCUCCUGCUGCCCACACCUCCUACCGUGAUAUGAUCAAGGAUGCUAUUGUCAACCUGAAAGAGCGCAACGGUUCCAGCCGCCAGGCCAUCAAGAAGUAUGUGUCGGCAAACAACAAGAUCACCUUCGCAUCCCAGAGUGCCUUCGAUGCCCAGUUCAACAAGGCUAUCAAGUCUGGUGUCGAGAAGGGCGAGUUCGUCCAGCCCAAGGGCCCCUCCGGACCUCUGAAGCUGGCUAAGAAGGAAGCCAAGCCUGCUGCUAAGCCCGCCGCGAAGCCCGCUGCUAAGGCUAAGCCUGGUCCCAAGCCUAAGGCCGCUGCCCCCAAGGCCGCUGCCACCAAGAAGGCUGCUGCCCCCAAGAAGGCCGCUGCUCCCAAGGCCGCUGCUACCAAGAAGGCCGCUGCCCCUAAGAAGGCUGCUGCUGCCCCCAAGGCCAACUCUGGCAAGGCCCGCAAGACCAAGACUCCUUCCACUGCCGCUCCCGCUAUUGUUGAGCAGCCCAAGAUUCUUGGAAAGACCAAGUCUGGUCGUGUCACCAAGACCACCGCGCCACCGGUCAAGGCCCCCGCUAAGAAGCGUGUGGCUAAGAAAUAG